AUGCAGUACCUUACCCUUCUCCUGGCGGUGACGUUAAGCGUCUGUUGCACUUUGGGGUCUGCGGUUGAGCGCGAGUCCACCGUCCCCGAAGGUGUAAUAAAGCUCCCGCUCCGUAGCAGGGUCCUGUCCGACGACAAAUUCAGGAAGAGAAGCUCUGCGUCAUGCAAGCCCCCUGGUUACGAGGCUGCAGUCGAGAUCGGGACGCCCAGACAACCGCUCUGGCUUCCCAUCGGACUGAGUUCCAACAACCUCUGGACCACACCCCUUUGCACGUUCUACGAGGAGUACUACUCCGGGCGCAACUACACGGGGAAAGACUGCAGCGAUACACAGGCGGGACUGUACAACCCCCACGGAUCCUCGACGUCGCGGAAUGUUUCAACCGCCUUCCUGACGGCAGAGCGUGAGAUGUUCCUCCGGCUGUGGGCAUUCGAGGAUGACGUCUGGAUUGAUGGUCAUCGUAUCCAGAAGGCCCAGUUCGGACUAAACCAGAAACCAGGAGAUGAUCUCUCGGUGGGCAGUCUCGAGUUGGGUCUCUCCAUACCGCGCGGGCGAGGCAGACACGAUGGCGUCCUUGGUGGACUGUUGUCUUCGGGGGACAUCCAGAACCUUACCUUCAGCUUGUCCAUCGGCGCAGCUAUGACUCAAAACGAAGGCGCUAUAGGAGAGGGGGAACUUGUCUUUGGCGGUGUUGACAUUCGAAAGAAUCACGGGGAGUUACACAGGCUACCACUGUCGAGCAUCUGGGAAACAGCUUUCGGCCUCUCGUACUGCGUUGAGCUUAAUACCAUCCUGUUUCUCACAACGUCCAAGUCACAGUCUUUGACCUUGACCGGCCCCGAAGAUGUGUUCGGUGCUUGCUUAGACACGACGUCGACAUUCACGGAACUCCCAGAUGCCCCUUUUCACCGCCUCCUAGAGUUCUUUCCCGAAGCCGAGUUAGCCGGGGAUAACCUUUACUCGGUCCCAUGCCAAUAUGCCAACAUCGUGGCCCAUGUCAGGUUCGGUUUCGGGGACGGCGUGUAUAUUGACGUCCCUUACGGCGAGCUCGUCCUUCAGCCUAAUAGGUUCACCGAGGAUGGACCUGGUUAUUGCGUCCUGGGCAUCACAAGAUCGCGCAGCACGGGAUAUGCCAGGUUGGGAGAGACAUUCUUGCGCUCUGCGACAGCCUUAUGA